AUGAGAUGUGCUCUAGGAUUUUAUGGAGGAAAUUGUUCACUUCCUUGUCCAACACAUUGUCAGCAUUGUAACACAGAAACAGGUGCCUGUUUAUGGUGCGAUGUUGGAUACACAGGAGAAAAUUGUGACUUCCCUUGUGCUCGGGGAACCUUUGGUGUUAACUGCACCAAUAAAUGUGGAAAAUGUGCCGGUUACUGUGACAAUAAAAACGGGAAUUGUUCUGAAGGAUGUAAACCGGGAUAUAUGGGAAUCAUGUGCAAUGAAGUUUGUGAACUGGGAAAGUUUGGAGAUAAUUGCAAUCAAAGUUGUGGAAUGUGUAUAGGGGAGUGUAUACAUAUGAACGGAAUAUGCUCUGGAGGAUGCCAAACCGGGUACCAGGGAGAUUUGUGCGAUAAAGGUUGCUUAAUCUGCUUCUUUUAA